AUGAAUGCAGUGGCAGACACAGCCAUCUUUUUUGGAAAGUUUCUAUACUACUUUUUAGAAUCUUUAGUCUUCAAGAUAAUCCCUAAAGGAAAAAAGAACGUUUCCGGAGAGAUUGUACUUAUAACAGGAGCUGGGAGUGGACUGGGAAGGUUACUGGCCAUACAUUUCGCCAGCCAUGGGGCCAAUUUAGUUCUCUGGGAUAUUAAUCAAGAAGGCAAUCUGGAAACCUGUAGACUGGCCAAGGAAAAAGGUGACGUGAAAGUCUAUGCUUAUAAAUGUGACUGCAGCGACAGGAAAGAGGUCUACAGGGUUGCUGACAAGGUUAGAGAAGAAGUCGGUGAUGUCACCAUUCUCAUUAAUAAUGCAGGUAUUGUAACAGGGAAGCUCUUCCUUGAGAUUCCAGAUCACAUGGUGGAAAGAUCAUUUUUUGUCAAUGUCAUGUCUCACUUCUGGACUUGUAAGGCCUUCCUUCCUGCCAUGAUUAAAGCUAACCAUGGUCACCUGGUCUGUAUUUCAAGCAUGGCAGGAGUAGUCGGUAUUAAUGGACUAUCAGAUUAUUCUUCAAGCAAAUUUGCAGCCUUUGGCUUUGCCGAAUCUCUCUUCCUUGAAUUAACUAUGAUAAAGAAAACUAAAGUUAAAAGCACCAUUGUUUGCCCCUAUUUCAUCAAAACUGGAAUGUUUGAAGGCUGUACAACCAAGUACCCACUUCUUUUACCUCUCCUGGAGCAGGAGUACGUGGCCAAAAAAGUUUUCAAUGCUAUUUUAGAGGAACAAGUUUACCUCCUCAUACCCAAGUUUUCAUAUGUUGCAUUGAUUCUCAAACAGAUAAUAUCUCCAAAAAUGAUGAUUGCCCUUGGUGAGUACCUUGGCGUGGACAGCUGUAUGACUUCAUUCACAGGGAGAGCAAAAGCAAAGGAACUGCAGCCUGAAGCAGAAAGGAAAGAGCAGUAG